AUGGACCACCAAAUGGAUUCUUACAUCAAAUGGAGAGAGAGGGAUAGGCUGCCCGACACCCCACAGUUGGUUCUGGAGCUAGGCGGCAGCCCGUUUGUCUGGACGGAGCCCCGGAACCCAAUAUAUUCUGUUUCGGUUUGUCUUCGCAGGGUUCUGAGCAAUGAGCCAGAUAAUGGCUAUAUGAACCAACCGUUCUGGCUGCGCUGGUCCCCUUUAAUCGAUCCCAGCCGUGGAGAAUUUAUACUCUUUUGUCAUGAUCGAGAGAGCGACAGCCUCCAGAGAGUUGGUAUUGAGGAGCGAUCUCCCUAUACACCGACCCUGAGAACCCAGCAGUUUCCGAACGAGCCGCCGUCAUACUAUACAGCGGAGGCACAGGGAAACUUCGACCGUUGUAAAGUUACCCAUCAAUUAUCUUUUCCCACUACCUGGGAAAAGCUCUUACAGCCAGGUUAUACCUAUACUGUUCUCUGGACUGGGCAAGAGAUUGCAAACUGGGAUUGGGGCACCCAGCUGAAGGUGGGAAAUAAGACCAAGUGGCCACCGGUCUUAAUUCCCGGUGGUGCAUAUAUCACAUUCACAGUGAAAGAAGGGGAGCGGCCUCCUUUUCCGCGGCUUCCAACACCACCGCCUAUCAGCCCAAGUAAGAGAGUUCCAGGGGCACCAGUGCUUAGUCUAGAGCUGAGCUGUAGCCCCACAAUGCCUCUGGCAGGGGAACUGGAGAUCUCUAUCAGAGUGAUUUACCAGGGUGUAUCAGACAAUAAUAAGACCAUUACUGGGGAUGAAGAAAUGCGGCCGAUCACUUUCCACACCUGGGCAUUCAAAUCGUUAGAUGGCCAAUUCCGCGUCUAUCGCCGCCGCUGUCGAGGUCAAUCUAGUCUGGAGGCAGAGGAGGAAUGGGAGACAUUUUAUGGCCACGGUUAUCGACAUUACUUUUGGGACAAUCCUGAUAAGCUGAUAAAUGUGUCUGAGAACCCUGGUCAGUUCCCGACCCUCUACCCCGGAGAAUCCUGGUCAGACUUCUGGACAAUGGACGGGGAGCUACUACCCGAUGACCUGAAACUCGGUGAGCGGCUCCGAUAUCAGUUCAAGGGAAAUACACUGGACUGGUGGGACUGGGGAACAGCCAAGGAUCACGCCCAGACCAUCGUAACGCUACCUGGCUCGGGGGUGGAACCGAUUUCGGACCCUAAGGAUAAUGAAGGCCGGCCGAAAGUGGUCGUACCGGCAUCAAACAUUGUGGAGUGGACGGUGGUUAGUGACUGA